GAAUCCGUGUCUGUGUGUGUGUGUGCGCGCGUGUGUGUAGGGGGCGUCCUUGGACUGUGGGUUGGGCACGGGACCCGGAUCACCCGGCUAAAGGGCGGAACACGGUGCACAGUUUGUGGGGCUUGGGUGCGCGGUGUCUCGUUGCUGGCCGGCUGGGUGAGGCUGCGCUUUAGCUCACGCCUGCGGCAAAGAACUUCUACCAGGCUAGGAAUUUGAAGGCCAAACUUCGAGUCUCACCCAGCUGGGCCAGAUGGGAAAAUCAAGUCAGGGGGCGCCAGGAUGUUACAGGCAGCAGGAUGCGUGCAGUCCUCCGGUUUCACUCUUACCUGUCCAGGGAUGACUUCUGACUAAGGAGGAUGAGUUGUAGCCACUGGAGGGUGACAGAUGGAGGGAAGCUGCGACUGUGAAGCUCCCGCAGAAGCUGCUGAUGAUUCUAGGCCGAAUGCCGGACAAUCCAGCAGCUUGCCAGCCUCCAUCUCCAGAGAUGUUCACAAGAAUAAUAGUAAGGAGAUCAUCGUUUCAUCUUCAUCAACUUUAGACUUGAGUGAAAGUGGUCUGCGCCACCUGGAAAAGAUCUUUAUAGUCCCCAACCUUCAACAUUUGCAUCUUCAGAGGAAUGCCCUCUGCAUGAUUCCUAAAGAUUUCUUUCAGUUACUGCCAAACCUGACUUGGCUCGACCUCCGGUAUAAUAAAAUUAAGGCACUUCCUUCUGGGAUUGGAUCUCACAAGCGUUUGAGAACUUUGCUUUUAGAAAGAAAUCCUAUCAAAAUGUUACCUAUGGAGCUGGGGAAUGUAGUCACACUAAGGGCACUGAACCUAAGACAUUGCCCUCUGGAGUUCCCUCCUCAGCUUAUCGUGCAGAAAGGAGUGGUAGCCAUCCUGACCUUCCUGCGGAUCUGUGCAGCAGAGCAUGACUUCCCUGAGGAUGCAGCUUCUCAAGAGAGCUCACCUGUUAAAAAGAUGGACCUAAGUGAGCUUCCAGAGCUUGUGCAAGAUUUAUCAAAAUAUAGGAUGCCUACUAGAGAAAUCUUGAAUCCUCAGGACCCAAAGGUGACUAUGUUGAAAGAAAAAGUGGACUUUCUCGCACCUGUUGAAAAUUUAGACCUGAGUGAGCUCAGGAGAUCCACUGCAUCUCCAGAACAGUGGCCAAGCAAGGAAGAAAUCAAGCGUUUCUGGAAGCUGAGGCAGGAGAUUGUUGAGAACGAAAAAACAGAGGUUCUUGAAAACCAGCUCUUACCCAUUGAGUUGCCUCCAAAUAUCAAGGCAGUGUUAAACAAUGAGAAAGAACACUCAAAGCAAAGGCACAUGUCCAGAAAGAAGAGGUCCCCCUUCAAGAACAUCUUACCUGACCUCACAUCACCAUACCAAACGAUGAUUCCGACCAAAAGACUUGAAGAACGUCGAGCAGCGGCCCUCAGAGAGCUCCGAGAGAAGCAGGCUCUGAUGGAGCAGCACAGGAGAGACAAAAGGACCCUGCAGGAAUGGAGAGAGCAGACCCAGAUGCUGAAGCAGAAAAAGGAGGAACUCGGCAAACUCCUGCCUUCACCUCAGGGAGUGGUGGCAUCAAAGGCUCCAUUUACUACACCUCUGAUAGACCAUGGGAAGAUUCCAGGGAGUCCACACGGCAAAAUGAAACACAGCAAGGAGAGCUCGUCACAGGCGAGUGAAGAAAUAAGUGCUUACCAAGUGGCAGCAGACCUGGAGGCAAAAAUAAAGCAGCACAUACAACAGGUGCAUGCACAUAGGAGCUUCCAGAGCAUACCGGCGCUGCGCGAGAUGAAGACAGCAACCCAGGACUUGGACAUUGCAAAGAAGCUGCAAGAUGAAGUAAUGAAACUGAAAUUGGAAUUGAACAAAGACAAUCCAUUUGCAAAUCUCACAGGAAGUCUUUCACUUCACCUACCACCAACACAACCUCAAAACAUAUUUUUUAACACGAAAUAUUAAGAAGAUGUUUGUGGUAUCGGUGUCAAGGUCCUUCAAGCAUGAGGAAGCGGCUCACUGCUUGUGUGGUGGUGGGGACUAGGGUUAGGACAUUCAGUGUUUCUAUGACUUACUUCACAGGCAGCCCUUUGUUGUUUUUAUGUAAACCUGCAUUCCUUUUCUGGGGCUGUGAAAGUUUUAAGCUGCAUUAAAAGAAUGAGAAUAUUGCAGGCACA